AUGGCGAAGAAGAAGAAAUCGGCAAGGAAACCGGAAGUGGGUAAGACCCUAAUUGAGUCUAAUUUGGGAGAGAUCGCUGAUGGUGAGGUACAUGAAGGUGAGCCAAAAGUUCCUGAGUUUGCUGCGUCUAGCUGGGCGGACAAAGUGGAAGCUGGAGACUAUCAAUCUUCGGCCCAAAAGCAUUGGAAUCAAUUCAAAUCGGGUAAGCUUUCUUUUAGUGAUCAGAAACUAGAAUAUGCAGAACCACUGGUUAAGGAUGGUAAGAGGAUUGCUCUAAUUGAUGAGGAUGAAGUGAGAAACCAGUCGGCUAACUGGAACUCAGCAGUCAUAUGUAUGGUUCUUGGAGCUAAUCCUCCAAUGGCUGUGUUUGAAGGAUUUAUCAAGAGAGUUUGGGGUCAUCUAGGGAUUUCUCAAAUUGCUAGGAUGACUAUGGGUCUGAUAAUGGUUAAGUUUAAUGAUGAGGCUACUCGAAGCCAUGUUUUGGAGAAUGGUUGCCUUCAUUUUGACAGAAAACCAGUGAUUGUUCGACCACGGACAACCGAUUUGAGUGCGAUUCGUUUGAUCCGCUUAGUUCCUCUGUGGAUUAGACUACAUGAUCUUGGCCUUCAAUAUUGGGGAAGCAAAUGCCUUAGUGCUUUAGUUAGUACUAUAGGCAAACCGAUAAUGGUCGAUAAGUUUACUCGAGAGAGAACUAGGGUUCAGUUUGCUAGGAUUUUGGUGGAGGUCGAACUUUCAGAUAAUCCUCCUAGAAUUAUACACUAUAUGAAUGAGCAAGGUCAACUAGUGGAGCAAGGGGUGGAAUAUGAAUGGCUGCCUGUCAAAUGCAAAAAAUGUGAUGGUUAUGGACAUAUUAUGACUGAUUGCCUCAAGGAACUGAUGCCACAAUCGGUUCAGAAAGCUACUCUACCUAAAACAUCUCAUGAGAUUGGACGGGAUAAGGAAAAACAAGUGCUGAAUUCAACUCUAGAACUGGCUAAGGAGCAGAUUGUAGAUGCUGAAGCCGGACAGGGACAAUGUUUAGGAACUAGGGAGGUGAUUAAGAAGACAACUGAUGUUGAGGGCCAGAAAUAA